UCUACGCAGAGAGAUUGUAUCCGGCGGAAAGUGACACAUUUUGUUGCUGGUAAAUGUUGAGCAAAGCAAAACUAACAACUAACUGUAGACCUGCAGAUAAUUAGCUAUCGUCGUAAAUGUAUAGUACUUAUGAGUUGCAUCAUGCCCAAAAGCGUCAGAAGUUCGCUUUGAUCGAGUAUUUUCCUCUCCCGUCGUUGGUGUAAACUGCCGAGCGACGAGCCAGCUGUUCAUCACCUCUUCUACGUAACCACUGAACCUGGGAUUUUUGAUGGGUUACCUUGUUCCUCAGGUUAUUCUGACCAGAUGGCAAACCCAGUGAACAUCCAGGCUCCUAGUAAGACCUGGGAGCUGAGUUUAUAUGAGUUGCACAGAACUCCCCAGGAAGCCAUCAUGGAUGGAACAGAAAUUGCCAUAUCUCCCCGAAGUCUCCAUAGUGAGCUGAUGUGUCCCAUCUGUCUGGAUAUGCUCAAAAAGACCAUGACCACUAAAGAGUGCCUGCAUCGCUUCUGUAAUGACUGUAUUGUCACUGCCCUCAGAUCAGGGAACAAAGAGUGCCCUACCUGCCGCAAGAAGCUGGUGUCAAAGCGUUCGCUUCGCCACGACCCCAAUUUCGACGCCCUCAUCUCGAAGAUCUACCCGAGCCGGGACGAGUACGAGGCCCAUCAGCGGCGCGCGCUGGACCGCUUCAAGCAGCUGCACAACCCACAGCCGCUCAUCCUCAGCAUCGAGGAGGGCAUCCGCCUGCAGGCCAAAUACAGACCUCUGCGGGUGCGCAAAGCUCAGCAGGACGACGGUGACAACACAACCUUCAGUGGUGACGAGGAGAACGCAGACGCCCGCUCUCAUGCCUCCCACGACUCUGCCCCCUCGCACCAGACCUCCCUCCUGACCAAUCACGCCGCAGAGGCGGGGCCAAGCCGAGCCAAGAGGCCACACGGGUCCGACGAGUCGGGUCCCGAGGCAGACGGCGAGAGCCCCACCCCACCUCGCAAGCUGCAGCGCAACAGCACCAAGUCCGAGAUCGAGCUGGUGUUCCACCCACACCCCCUGCUAGUGAACACUGACCUGCACAGCCAGACAAGAUAUGUCAAAACAACUGCCAAUGCCACAGUGGACCACCUCUCCAAGUACCUGGCCUUGCGUAUCGCCCUGGAGGAGAGACAGACAGAUCGUCCGGCGGAGGAGCCUGGCGUAGGAGAGACAGCAGAUGGGGAUGAGGACAGCAGGACAAGGGCUCCUGUCCGUCUUCGAGAUGUCAGUGAGAAGCAGUACACCAUCUACAUCACCACCAGCGGCGGCCAGUUCUCUACUCUGAAUGGUUCCCUGACUCUGGAGCUAGUGAAUGAGAAGUAUUGGAAGGUGAACAAACCUCUGGAGCUCUACUACGCUCCCACCCAGGACCAGCCACAGCAGCAGCAGCAGUCUCCUCCACAGCCAGAGAAGUCAUCUUCAUCACAGCUGUAAAGACUUGUAAGGAGGCUGAUAAGAGAUCCGUCUCUCUCGUCAUUGCUUGCUCUAUUAUCCCGACAGCAUGGAACUGUAAGCUUGAUGAAUCUCACAACUAAACCACACCCUCUACCCCUGUGUCACCUGUCCAGUGGUUGGUGAAAGGACUCUUGGCUCCAGACACAAUUGGAGGCAUGACAUGUAUGGAGGGGUUGAAAUGUUAUCCUUAAGUAAGGAUGCUAAGGACUUUUGCAUCUGCAUAAUGCCAAGGUUAACUACCUUCUUUCUUCAGAAGUCAGUCAGUACCAUACCUUGAAAAAAAAUUGACUUUUUUAUUAUUAUUAUUUCACAACCCUAUGCAUACGGAGAGAGGACUUGACAGUCAGUCUCACCCAGCACAGAACGAUGUUUAAAUGAACAAUUAUCUAAUUAACAAUGAAGGCAUUUUUAUUACCCAUGUUUGUCAUAAACAGCAAAGCUGCCAUCAACUAGAAAACAAUAUUGUUACUACGGAGUAUCCAUGGUGUGCACCAAAGAAACAUGUAAUUAUGGCCUAGAACCGUAAAGAUUUAGUUCUGCUAUUACUGCAAUGUUCAAUUUUAUAGCUAUAUAAGGGGCUGCUUUGCAGAAUCGUAAAUGAUCAUUCCGCAUGAAAGUUGCUUGGCACAAUCCACAAGAGCAAAUGUCUUUUCAAGACCUCGCUUUAAUUUUAAAUGUAUAUAAAUCAAGUUUCUAAAUGCACUUUCUCCAAACCAUAAUCUACGUUAGGAUGGGUCAUUUUAGAUUCCAAUUUGAAUCUCAUUUCUUACUGGACAGUCUUCUGUAUGUGAACUGCCACUCAGCUAUAUCCCACUCAAAUCUGUUUGGUAAAUUCUUUGAUGAAAACA